GUAGUCAAAAUCGCGCUUAUGCUCGUAAAAUCGCUCGAUCUUACGAUCUUACCUAAGAUUUCGAGUAGAAUAGUGGUAAACUCGUUGCCACAUCAAGAUCGACGCAGAUCGCGCUUAAACUCGUUAAAAUCGUUAAAAUCGCGAUUUUAUACACGAUUUUAACGAUCUUGAGAACUGUCCUUAUAAGCCUAUGUGUUAGACUGGGCCUUAUUUUUUGGGCCAAUUUUUAUUAUUCUGAGUUCUUAUAUUAUUCUGGCCCAAUUCAACCUUAGCCCAAGUUCUUAUGUUAUUAUGGCCCAAUUCAACCUUAGCCCAAGUUCUUAUACAGCCAAGCCAACUCCUUAUUACAGUUCGUGAAAUUUCUAACCUAGAAUACUUCAUCGACUGAGAACUGAGAAGACGCCGACAAGUGGUCCUGGAGAUGAUGCAAUAGUGAUCUGAUACUGAAGUUUCUCUUGACUCUGUGACUAUUCUACACCUCGACCAUUCUGUUAUACGCCUAUUUGGAAGAUUAUUGAUGAGAGGUGGACUAAGCAACUUCAUAGGCCAUUACAUGCUGCAGCCCACUAUCUAAACCCCCGAAUUCAUUAUCGUCCAAGCUUCAAUCCUAAUGAUAAGGAGGUUAAAAAUGGGUUGUUUGAUAGCUUGGAUACGUUGGUGAAGGAACGAAAUGAAAGAAAUACAAUAAUCUCACAGCUUGAUAUAUUCCAUCAUGGUCAAUGUAUGUUUUCUAGGAUUGAUGCUAGGGAUUUAUUAGAGAAAAAGCAUCCUGCUGAUUGGUGGAACACUUAUGGAGAUGAUGUUCCCGAACUUCAAAGAUUUGCUAUUCGAGUGCUUAGUUUAACUUGUAGCUCUUCUGGAUGCGAGCGUAACUGGAGUGCAUUUGAGAUGGUUCAUACCAAGAAAAGGAAUCGUCUUCACCAAAAGAAGAUGAAUGACUUGGUGUUUGUGAUGUACAAUUCCAAAUUGAAGAAUAAGAAAUUUAGAAGUAUGGAGUUGCCAACCUUUGAAGAUAUUGGUUCAGAUAAUGAAUGGAUCACGGAGGGAGGUGUGGAUGUUCCUUCUCCUAAUGAGGAUGUCAAUGCUCAAAUUGUUGAACCGGUUGGAAAUGAUGGGAUUCAUGAUAUGACAAUUGAACUUGAUAGCAACCCAAUUGAGGAUGAAGAUAUAGAAGAAAAUGUGAAUAUGGAGGAGGGAGAGGGAGAUGAAUAUAAUGGGAGUGAUGGUGGUGGGAGUGGUGAAGAUGAUGAUCUUGAUGAUUUGUGUUAAUUUAUUAGUUUGUAUGUUUGUUGUUGGAACAUGAGAUUGAAUUUAUGUAGCAUGUGUUUAAUUUUUAGUAUGUUUGAUUGUUAGAACUUUGAACAUGUAUGGCAUUAUCUAAUUAUUAUUGCAUUAUGUUAUUCUUGUUACA